AUGAUGCGUUAUUACGCUCUAAUCGGGCAGCCUGAGAGUGCUCUGAAGACGCUACGGGAAGCCACUGAGUCGGUCGUGCCUGAUCUUGUCACGUGCAAUACUGUGUUGAGUGUGUUGGUGAAGAAUGGUGAAUUGGAAGUAGCUGAGAGAAUACUCCAUGAACUGCGGAAGCCUAUUGGUGAGGAGGGCAAGGUCGUGGCCGAUGUUGUUACUCACAACACCGUUAUGAAGGGGUAUGCCCGGCUCGGGAAUUUGAGUAAAUGCGACUAUCUAAUGACCUUAAUGCAAAACGAAGAUGUAGCCGCUAGUAUAGCGUUCGUUAAGGAGAUGUUUGCUCAGAUCAAACCGACACCAGUUACCUAUGGCAUUCUAUUAGAUUGCUGUAUAAACGCUGAUGACAUGGCUAGAGCUCAGAGGGUCUUCGAGGAGAUACGACAACAGCAGUCUUUCGCCGGGAAUGAUGAAGGAAAUCGGAAAAGUUUCAGUGUUAAUACAGUUAUGUAUACUACUCUUAUUAAAGGGCAUGCGAAACAGGGCAAUGUUGAUGCUGCGAUGAGCGUUUACGAAGAAAUGAAGAGUUGCGGAGUCGCGGCGGAUCUGAUAACGUUUUCUAUACUCAUCAAAUCCAACUGCAGCGCAGGUCGGAUAAGCCGAGGUCUUGGCUUACUCAAAGAAAUGUUGGAUGCUCAUCACAGGCCAGAUGAAAUCGUGUAUAAUAACCUCUUACUGGGUUGCUGUUGCGUGCAUGAUGUUAAACUAGCUCCACCGUUUGAUAAUAGAAGGAAGCUCGCGGCUGCGAUAUUGGAGGAAAUGCGGAGAAGCCGGGUUAGUGGAUCGAGUGCCACAUUUAGUAUAUAUAUGAAAGUGAUAUUGGCAACAGUUGCUGACGAUGAAUCACAAAGAUAUGAUAGCGUCUUCGAGGAGUGCCUCGACCUUCUUGACGUUGGCAUGGAAAGGGACUAUGGUGUGAUACCGGAAUUGAGACUAUAUACACAACUUGCGCAACGAACGAUACGUGAGCGCAAUGGAGAGUUUACUUUGAGAGUUUGCAGUAGCAUGAUUGGUCGUCAUAUGAGGAACCGAGAGCCUCAUCAACGUCAGCCGAUCGUGCCCAAGGGGACUGCAAACACACGAAACCUAGCUCCUAAAAACAGAGUGGAUGUCAUCAACAGACAGACUGUUGAGACUCUAUUGGCCAGUGCGACGACGGCGAAUCUGUUAGAGACGACACUUCAACUUUUGGAGCUUUUCAUCAAGUUUCGGGUGAUAGAUGUCUCCGAUGCUAAUAUGGAUGCUCUCAUGGUGAAGCUUGAAGGCAUGCUGUAUAAAAAGAAGCACGGCGAGGCUUAUGUGGAAGAAAUGAAGCGGAUAGUUGAUGUUUAUGGUCGUCUGUGUACUUAA